AUGCUCGAGCGUAUAGCCACAAGUGCCAGCGUCCCCGCUCCUCCCACACGAGUCAGUCGAGCAGGCGAAAUCACAGAAGAGGCAGCAUUUGGUCUCGUCUUGAACGCUUCUUGUUUGGAUUACUGUGUUGAUCCUCAUAACGAGGCGCGUUUCGUACAACUGCUCAAAAGCUGUCGCAGUGUGCUAUGUUGUCGGGCGACUCCACUUCAGAAAGCAUCGCUGGUGAAGAUGGCAAAAACUCGGCUUGGUGGAAAAGUCUUAGCUAUUGGAGACGGUGCCAACGAUGUUUCUAUGAUCCAAGUGAGCGUUUAA